GGGGGAAAUCGAUGAACGGGUCUGUAUGUGGAACCACAGUGUCGUCGACGUUUCCAGUCGGAGUCUUUUACCAAACAGAUCGGUUUCACGUUUUGAAAAGCGGCGGAGCAAAAACAAACGAGUUGUUUUGUUUUGCUCUUUUAUAAUUUAGAUUGAUAAACCGUCGAUUAUAUCAUGGCUGUCCCAGGUCCAAACAAAGACAACAUCAGAGCAGGCUGCAGAAGAUGUGGCUAUCCUGGUCAUUUGACAUUUGAAUGUCGUAAUUUUGUCCGUGUGGAUCCGAGGAAGGACAUUGUUUUGGAUGUGAGCAGCACCAGCAGCGAGGAGAGUGAAGAAGAGGAGCAGGAAGCUGUCAGCAAAGAGAAGAUCUUCGGCAGCCACUCAAAAGGUCCUCGUGAAGAUUCCAGAAAAGAAAAACAUAAAAAGAAAAGCAAAGACAAAUCCCAUGGAAAGGCCAAAAAGAGGUCUUAUUCAUCAAGUGAUGAUGAGGAAGAAGUGAGCAAGAAGAAGAAAAAGCACAAGAGCCACAAAAAGAAAGGGAAAAAGGAGAAAAGAGAGAAAGAAAAGAAACACAAGAAAAAACAUCAAAAGAAAGACACAGACUCUUCCUCAUCUGACAGCUCUACUGGAUCAUCAGACACGGACUGAAGCUUUGACAGGACCACAGAAUCACAGCAAAAACAGUAAAAUACCUUCUGCCAGAGCCAUUUGUACAUAACACCUUUAUACUUUAGAAAUCAAUUUUGUCUUUUAUAUUUACCUCUGAGAGUUGGAGUGGUUUUUUUUUUGUGAUGUAUUGAAUUUUUUAUUUUGUGAUUGUAUAUCAAUGAAAUUAAAACCCACAACCCUUCAUGUGAA